AGAUUCUAAGUAGGCGAUGACCGUGUGUUUCCUGAACGCACUCGCUUUGUGAGUUUAGAAGAGAGAGCGUGUGUUUACGGUCUUCCGAGAGAUAAACCGGUGUGCAAGAAAAAAAAAUGGCUCAACACAUUGCACACGACAUAAGCAAGAAACAGAGGACGAGUGAUAUAAAAAUAGAAGGAAAUGUUACAUUUUUUCAAAUGAAUCUUCCACGAAACGUUCUGGAUGGACUGAUGUCUGCUGGCUUUCAAAAACCAUCUCCUAUCCAGUUGAAAGCCAUUCCGUUAGGCCGCUGUGGAUUUGAUCUGAUAGUACGUGCGAAGUCGGGAACUGGGAAAACCAUAGUAUUUGGUGUAAUAGCUCUUGAGACUUUAGACAUUUCAAUAGAAUCGCCUCAAGUUUUAAUACUAGCACCUACAAGGGAAAUUGCGAUUCAAAUAACUCACGUUAUUCAGGCAAUAGGUUCCAAGAUAGAAGGAUUGAGAGUUGAAUACUUCGUAGGAGGAUUGUCGAUAGAAGAGGACAAGAAAAAACUUAGCAAGUGCCACAUAGCUGUUGGCGCACCUGGCAGAAUGAAACAUUUAGUCGAAAAGGGAUUUCUCUGCGUUCCAAAGGUCCGGUUAUUUGUUCUUGACGAGGCGGACAAAUUAAUGGAGAUUAAUUUUCAAAAGGACAUCAACUAUAUAUUUUCUAAACUACCAUCCAGCAAGCAGGUUAUAGCCUUGAGUGCUACUUAUCCUGGAGAUUUGGAAACAUUUCUGCAAACUUACAUGUGCUCACCAGUGUUAACAUCACCAAAUAUCGACGGACCAAUUUUGAUUGGAGUCAGACAGUUUAUAGCUGUGGUGCCUGCACAUCCCAAUGCGAUGAAACAGGUGCAAACAAAAGUUGAGGAGCUGGUAAAAGUUUUUACCAAGAUUUCAUUUAAACAAGGCCUAGUUUUUUCAAAUUAUCAAUCACGAGCUCAGUCAGUAAGCAAUAAGAUUAAUUCAUUGGGUUUCUCAUCUUCGCAUAUUGCUGGAAAUCAAGAGAUGAAGAAAAGAUUGGAAGCGAUUGAAAACUUACGAAAUUUAGAAUGUAGAAUAAUGCUGACCACGGAUCUAACUGCGAGGGGUAUAGAUAUAGAAAAUGUUAAUAUGGUCAUAAACUUGGAUGUACCUACCGAUCCGUCGACGUAUUUGCAUAGAAUUGGCAGAGCUGGUCGUUACGGAUCUUCUGGCGUCUCCAUCACAAUUGUUUCCGAAAAUGAGCUUUCAUCGUUCAGAAAAUUAUUAUCUUCGAUUGGUGGACCGAAUUUCUAUUUGUUUAAGCUCAGUUCUGAUUAUACGGAAGAUGUUUGGGCUGAUGAUACUUCAGUGUUUGAAAAAUUUUAUAUGGAACCUGAACCAAGUGAACCAAGUCUUGAAAAGCCUCGAACCAUUGAUAAAGCAAUUCUUGAAUCUGAAAAUGGUGCGCCUAUAAAAAUGCCUAUGUUAGAACAUGUAUCACCUUCAGCGGCCAAAAGUACUGGUUCACCAUUAGAAAAUAAUGAAAAUGCUUCUGUUGUGAAACCCGAAUCUGACAACGUUUCGUCUGAGAAUAUAACAAGCAGUGAUACUUUUUCAAUAGACAGUAAUGACGCUCCUACAAGGGACGAAUGUGAAGUUUCGCCGAAAUACGUAGCGAUGAAUACGUUAUCGUCAAAGAAUAAUGUUAAAAAAACUAAAAAUAGCAAGAAGAAACGUAAAAAAUGUAAAUCGUCGAAAAACGAAAGAUACCACGAGACUGUCACCAAUGGUACAUCUGUUAAACCAAGAUCUAAUUUAAAUGAGAAGAUAAAGAUUAGUUCAUUAUUCCAAUAUUACGUCCAAGACGAAACUGAUGCCGUAGUUAAUACUUCUGAGGAAUGUAACAAAAUCUCUACUGCAGAAUCUGAAGCUGACAAUUCUAAAGAAAGUAAAAUUGCAAACUUAUUCAAAUCGAGAAAUGUACAUACGUUUACACUUGAUUCAGAUGAAUCUUCUCCUAUGGAAGAAUUGAAUAAAAAUGUCGUAUUUAAAAUAGCUCUAUCAGAUACGGAGGAUUGCGUAUUAUCAGACGCCGAAGUUGAAAGGGUGAUUCAAUUUAUGGAAGGUUCAUUAAUCGUAAAAGAAGAAAACGGUGCGUCAAUUUCUGCGUCUAACUCUGAAAAAGAGAAUGACAACGAAAACACGUUUAUACAAAUUUCUCAGGAUACAUCUUCUACAAAAGAGUACAAUUUGGUGCACAGUUUGCCUCUAAAUGAGUUAGAUAACAGUGAGAACGAUCACAUACGGACAAUAGUAAAUAAUUAUUUGGUAACAUAUGCUACGGAAAUUAUUGAAAACGACAAUAACAUUUGUAACGACGAAGAAUCUCUAUCGAGAGUAGCUUCCAAGUGGAAGGAGCAACUCGACUUUGAAAUCAAUCUGUUAGAUAGUACCUAUAAAGGCAUGACCGAGUCUGUUUAUAAAUUAUUAUACGCAGAAUAUUUUUCAACUCUCAAGACUUUCCUUAAUAUACAGAAACGGGCUUUCUUGUGUAUUUUUCCACAAAUUCGUAAUGAAGAGGAGGUGCAGGACACCUACAUAUAUUCAACAUCUAAUGCAGAUAAUAAUUUGUUAGAUAUGUACAAAGAAAUUGAAGAUUUCAAGAGCCGUUUCUGUACACUAGGAACUAAAUUUAACGCAUUUUUCCCUUACCCUUAUAUAAACAUUGACGAAUAUAUGCCAAAUUUAAUGAUGUCAAACUCUGAUAUUGAGGAAUACCGCAAGGCAUUACAAUAUUUCAGAACUUAUGAAAAUCCCUACAAAAAAUUAUUGGAAAUAAUAGAUGAUAUGGCAUGUUUAAGUGAAACCGAAAUGAGUGACGUGAUUCAGAAGAUAAAAGAGCAAAAUUUAGCAUUUUCGGAAGUGAAGGUGCUUGUCAAGGAAGCAGCGGAAAGAAGUGCGAAAGAUGAUGAAUCAACGGACGAUGUACAACAGUCUAGAAAUCUAGUUCUUUCAAAAAAUGAUAAAUUGAUGAAGUAUAAACGAAUGUUUGAGACGCCAGUACUUUCGCAAAAUCUAAAUGGCGACAUUCAAAACCAGAAAAUUUCUCAAGUGGAAGUUCCAGUAACGAAUGUAACAAACGGAAUAGAUUCAAAGACAAACAAGGUGCAGGAAGUUUUUAAUAAAGUUACUGUUGCUGAUGGAGACAAGCGCGAAGCGCAAGAUACGAAACACGGUGUUUCUUCUAAUACAAUCCCCAAUCAAAGAUACAAAAUUACAGAAGUUGGACAAACAAAUGAGGAAAGUGACGAAGAAACAGGCAGUACUUCAAGCGAGUCGUCAUUUAUAUUAUCUGAGAAAGAUGCGCGCCUGCACACUGAUAAAGUUGCUUCGAACGAUCGAGAGGAAGUGCCACCCACCAGCAGCCGAAAGUCCAGCGGGAGGCACGUUCAGCCAAGUAAAGUUAAAAACGUGCAACCCAAGUAUACGUCUGUACAAACAAAUAACAUCGUUUACAAUACUUUCGAUGAGUUUGUCAAACACGAUAGACGCGCAGAGUCACUCAAACACGACCCAGAGAAUAACGUAGACGUAGAUAAUUCAUUUAACUCCGCGAGAUAUUCGACGGCAUUAGAUUCAUGUAAAAAUGCGAACGCAAAGGAAACUCGUCAACCUGUAUCGAAUCCAGUGCAAAGCUUUCCGUGGAUAUCAGGUUCUAAUUUACACUAUGAUUUAGAUCAGGAAGCGUGCUCAGCGAAUCAUACUUAUCGCGAUCAGUGGAGCGAGUGUGCACCUGCGUAUUCCUAUUCUUCCCACGUACGCGCUCAGUCACCGCGAUUUAAUCGCACGCCGCAGUACUUGGGACGGGAGACCAAUAAUUAUCCUACAAAUGUAAAAGAACAUAGACCAGGCAAUGAUUUAGUAGACAAUGUUGAUUCAUGUGAAGCGGAUAUUGAGAGAUUCCUGUCGUCGUUGACACAGCAAACCGACCGGCUGCAUCUUCAGAUCUACAAAUCGCAAAUGUUCGAGAAUUGGACGAUGUACGAUCAAUAACCACGCGGAAUUGGACUGAUAAGCGGGAUACAGAGUGCGCUUGAUUUUGCGAGGGACAUUCGCAUAGAUUCUGUACCGCGAGCGUAUUGCCGGUUUUUCGGUUCCUUUCUCACGAUGGGUUUAUGAUCGAGCGGCGGCGGCGGCGAGGAAUGACAUGUGAAUCGAUCGAUAGCGAAAGGUCACGCAUCGCCGAUACUUAACACGCAUCGGCGAGACGUGAACUGUGUGCCGGGGGUAACCUUUCCCUACCGAUUCGACGCUACCUGCGGUUAUGCAAUUGGAUUGAUCUUUCGCGAUCGGAUCCUGUGUAGUCUUUCAUCGAACGAAUAUUGUCGCUUGUCAGUAGUAGGGAUAUCUUAUCGUGUACAUCUUUUUGUAAAAAUUUAUGAGAUCUACUGACGCGUAUGUAAAUAUGCAUACAGCUUUUAUUUUGCAAAGGAAGUCGCGUGGAGCGAUCAAUAAGAAAGAACAAUUGAUUAGUUGGUUGUUUAAAUGUUCCUGUACAAAUAAAUAUUUAACAAAUAAAUUUUCUCAUUUGUAAA